GAUUUUGUCACGGUUAUAUUUCAAAUCGAAGGUCAUAGUGCGUUGCUUUUGAUGUCACGUCUAUUUACCCUUUCUCCCGUACUGAUAUCUUGUGUGCGCCAUGGCAGAAGACCUAGGUUUAUUCGUCCAUAUCUGAGAGACUUGUAUGACAGAAGACUUGCUCAAGGUCCAGAGAUUUAUCGACCGAGAAAAGAUUGGCUAUGUUGGAAUCGUGAUUCAGAACUAUCUGCGUUUUUGUCCAGAAUAGGUGAAAAAUUAGAAAAAGACCUUAUUGAGGUCGUUCUGACAGAUCGAUCGUACUCUUCCUUUUGGUCUGUAAAAAAGGCCGAAUCAGACAGUAAAAUAAUUCAAGAUAACUCGGAACUCGCUGCUCUAGGAUUUUCUGUUUCGGAAAAUUUUUUAUAUCCCUUCUUGCGAUCAGUUUAUCCUCAAUUCCCUGAAGAGUGGAUUAUGACUAUCGUUCAAUACUUGAGGUCACCUUCUGAGCUUGCUUUUAUAGCCGCUCAUUUAGGAAUUAAAGAUAUAGUACUAUACAGUGAUCAAGUAGAUUAUUCAAGCAAUAAAAUUAUAUCAGCUCCACCGAAUCUGGAUGUUUUAGCUCAUGCACUUAUGGCUUUAGUCGGUGCUUUAGCAAAAGACAAGAUGGAGAAAGCACAUUUGUUUAUUCGGGACUUCAUACUGACAAGACUUUCAGAUAUAGAUUUGACGGAAUUGAUUUCGAUUCCUAAUCCAUUGCCUCUUCUACAGGGAAUACUUCAAUCUGAAGGACGUGGUCCACCUGAAACCAGGUAAUUGGUAUGCACUAAUUUAAAAUAAUGUUUUUUCGAAAACUUGCCCCUUCAUUUUUAACAUUUUGGGCAAAAAGAUAACACGCAAAAACACAUUCAAAAUUCCUCUGUUUAUGAAACUGCGUGUUAAAACGUUUGUUUUACGGAUAAAAAUUUGAAUUUGAUUUUAUUAUUUAAUCAACAUAGGACUUGACAUCAAUAUUUAACAACUAAAGUCGUCACAUCAUAUCAACACUGUAAAGUAAAAUUUACAAAAUGUGAAUGGCUAAUUGAGUAGUCAAAAUAAUAUAGUCGUACCAAUGGUAAUCAGAAAGUAGACAUUGAGAACAUGGUUCAGAAAUGAAGGAAUAAAAUAAAGAGAAAAAAGUGCGGGAUAUUAUAGAUUUUCAAGAUUCAAAAAAGAUAAUUUAAAGAAUUGAAUGCAUCUAGAGUAUUGUGACUGAUUUCAAGUCGGAUUAAUUAAAUUCUAUCCUAUUUGUACUUAUUUUUGAUGCGAAUUUGUGUGCUCAGGAAAAGGCUUUUGGAAUUACCUAGUUGCUUAAACUGGAUGAUUUGAUAGUAAACAUCUAGAGAGAUAAAAAAAGACUACCAUUAGACUAUACACUUUAUAGAACACAAGGCUUCUGAAGAUUGCGAUCUACUCUUAAUUUGUUUAAACUUGUCUAGUCUAAAAUAAUAAAUUAUUUAUUUUGGAAUAUAAUUCAAAUGAGUUUGAAAAAAUACUCAGAGCAUUUCUGCGUAAUUUCCUUUCUUUGAAACAUUUUGUUGAUUAGUCACAAUCACGCCUCUUGAAAUAGGAAAUUCCGAUUUUGUGUGAAAAUAGCUCACUUUACAAGUAUAGAAGCACACUGAAGAGAUUGAUUGAACAUUGUUUUAAUUCAUGAUAUAUUUCUAAUCAUAUGUAGACACAAUACUAAUGUAUAAUUAAUUGGUAAAUAUGAAUGUAAUAGACUAUUUAUUUGGUCACUUUUUUACAGAUUACUUUAUCAGUCAAGUAUGAACACUGUGCUCGCCUGUUUUGAGGUUGGUAUAUACAGUGAUUGUCAACUCGUUGGAGAAGGUAAACAGCAUAUUCUUAAUAUUUAACACAUACACGGUGUUUUACUUUAGGAUUUUUAUGAUGGAUUUAUGUAACCCGAAAUGAUGUACAACUGAAUAUUUGUUAUUCAAGAAAUAACUCAUACUAUAAUAGACAACGAAUCAUCAGGAAUUUAGCCCGCACCCAUUGUUUGGGAUUUUGAGUUUUCAUAAGACUGUGUGGGAAAGUCAUGAAUUGGCUAUUAAGCUAUACUCAUGGAAACCGCAGCGUGUCCAUCCACUGAUUUAUUUGUUGAGUUGCUUAUGUGACUACAAUCAAAGGAAGUGUAUUUAGACCUGGUUAUCAGUUCUUGUAAAAUUCAGGCUAGUAAAUCAUACACCUUAACCACUCAAACAGAAAACCAAGUUAAAGAAUAAGAUUAACAAUAAUGUUGGUAGUUAUGCACUAGUACUGUAGUAAGAUUUGCGGUCUAACUAUUAACUGGGCACUACUCUAGAUAUACAAGGAGUUUUGGACAAGAAAGUCAAUGACAGACUGUGUACCUACAUUGAUUUAGAUGUGGUAUACAUGAUGUUAAUGGUAUUAAUGCUGGUCAGGGAAGAUACCAAAGAUUAAACCAAGUUGUUUUAAUGUUAGUUUUAAAAAACUGUUUACUGAUAUUUAGUAAGCUCUUUAUAAGUGCACAUUGUUUAAGGGUAACGAGGAAGUAAUGGAUUAAUAGUUAAGAAUCAUUGAGUGUCCCAGCUAGGAACCGUGUUCCUUUUAUUUAGAUUUGCGCAAUUAAAACUGUACCAUCACUAGUUCUAAUGAACAUGUUGCCUCAAAGUCGUUUUUACUUCACGAAUGAUUUAUACUGACCACAUAAUUGUAGGUGAGCAACACCUGACGAUAUAUUGUUAAAACCAAUUAUACAUUUUAUGAUGUAUGGUUUGUUCUUAUUCUGUUACUUGAGAUAAAUAACAAUCGAGUCGGUUAUUCUUUGUGUGGUGUUAUGAACAAAUUAUUAAGAUUGAUGUUUGUGAUUAUAAGAAGUAGUCCAUGAAAUUUAUUAUCAAUUGAACCCAGUGAAUUUUGAGAUUUCAUUCUUAUACGCACAACUAGAGAGAAAGCAAGCACUUUAAAUUUUUAAAGCAGUGACAAGUUUAUACCUCGACCUGUUUUAUAAUAAUAAUAAUUUGUCUAUUUUUAUUUCAAUCACUGAAGCUCCUGGUGAAACGAUAUUAAUUGCAGAAGAGGAAGCAUUACGACAAUCAAUAAAGAAUUUCUUCAAACUGACAGAUGAUCGUCCAUCUAUUCCAUUGCAUGGAAACUUGGACGUUUUGGGCCUUGAAAAGUUUUCUCAACCAAAUAUUUCACUUAAUUACUAUUUGGAAUUAGCAGCUAAUCAUGCUUAACUAUGCAAAUAAUUCCCGUUUGAGGAUUGUAUACUUGUACAUAUAUAAUAAUUUGGUUUGAUAAUAAAUGCAUCAAUAUACUGCUUAUUAAUCCGAGGUGUUGAUCAUUGUGUGUUAGCAUGAACAUAUAUUACAUACAUUCAUGUCUAGACUAAACGCUUUAAAUCUCAGUUGAGCGUACUUUAAAUUUAUCCUGGAACAAAAGCACGAUGUUUUACAAGGGAUAUUUGUAAUACAAUAAUGAUUAACAUCGGGGACAUUUUAAAAUGUCUUUAUUGCUUUUUUAAAGAUGUCUAGGGUUAAUACUCCGCUACUCAAACUGAAGUAGACAGAACGAAGAUUCGGAUUGGCCGCCUUAAGCACUACACGAAUGAGCUAAAAAUGUUCUAUUUUUAACUAUUUGGCUGUUGAAAACAUUGAAAGACCACCAGAGUCCUACCUUUUCGCCAACUGGUUUAUGUCAAGAGUCAAUGAAGAAAAACUGCAAAAAUAGCUAUCAGUGGCACAUCCAAGUAGUUGUAUUGUAUCAUUUGAAAUGUUUCAAUGGACUGUGUGGGAAACAAACACCAGAUAAAAAGCAUGGAGUAACGAGAUAGUCCCUUCUGUGUUAAGGGACGUCCAAACAUAAGACGUUACAACCUUUGUCCCUGGUCAAUGUACCUUCUCUCGAUUGGUUAAUAAUAAUCAAUGUUUUUCUGUAAGGCUGUUUUGUGAAAGUACUAAGAGAUAUAACUUUUUGAAAGUAUUUAACGAUAAAUGUUUUGAGUAUCUUUUCAGAUGCGAAAUGUUGCUUUUGGACUAUUCUAGGUUGUUAUUUGCUGUAACUAUGGAGUGAAUUAUUCAAGAGCAUCGGCUGUUGUUUCAUUCAACUUAAGAGCUUCGACGAGGAAGAUAAACUAUUGGCUGAUGAAGUCUAGGUUUGAGUAGGAAUACUUCUAUACACGGCACCUGCGGCGCAAACCAAAUAUUCAUCUACCUACAAAAGAACGGAAAUGUUGCGGAGCGGCUCAUUAUGGCCGAGAAAUGUGGUCUUUAGAGGUAGAAGAAUGGCGACACUGGUAGUACUUAGGCAGAGAUGUCUUCGAUGAAUACCUCACGAAAGACGGAAACAGGCAUGUAACUUUGACACAAGUGGUUUCUAGGUAAACGGCUCAUGAACUAGUGAGAGUUCAGUGACUGAAGUAGUUGGAUUGUGCUACGUGAGUCAUGGAAAGCUCCAUAAAUCAUUCUGUAUUUAGAAUAACCUGUGAAUGGAGACUAGAAAAUAGACCAAGAACCGAUGAUGAUAGGUCGAAUCCAAUCCUUUUCAAAUUUUGGACACUUAUGAUCGUUUACUCAUUUAUCUUAUGGCAAAGCUACUCACAGACGUCUUCGUAUACCUUCUUGUUGUGAGAUGUGAUUGUCUGGGGUCGGAACUAAGUUGUUUCUAGCAAUUUAGGGGUAACUAGAAGCAUUGAAAAAUAUGCUGUUACCACCCUGAAUAGAAAACCAGAAGUAUUUUGUUAUCCCGAGAUUAGUUCGAAACAAAAGUUGUAAAGAUAAUUCGCUAAGUAGCUUGUGAUGCGUAGAGAGUAGCAUGCAAACGAGGCUCAUCGCGCAGGAGCGGGGAUCCUUGUUUGGAAAUAAGACCAGGCAACACAUUUGUCGUAAAUAAUGGGGAAAAUUGUGGGACUAUGUGCUUUAUUUUAUUUAAACACAUAAAUAUUGGUACAAGGAAGCACCAGAUAUAUAUGCGCCACACAAA